UAACUUCACAAUAAAGGUGACUUCACGUGAAUUCAGGGUUGAUUUCAGUAAUUCCCGAAAAUAUCAAAUGAAUUAUGUCGAGACAAUUACGACACGAUAACGGGCAUUAUAUGGAAAUAAUAAUUUUUUCAUCGCGAAAUCGUGAUACAGGACGUCAGAUGAUGUUAUGUAUCAAGAACAUUCUGCACAAAUAAUUCUCAAUUUCUUUAAAAAAUACUCUCAUAAAGUUAUCAGUCAUCACUCUCUGUAAUCAGUCGAACAUAAAUUGUCCUUCGGUACUGUUCUAUCAAUGCAGUCGUGAAGAGUCAUUGGCUCUUCAUGUAAACAAUUAAAACAAUCUUUUAUCACGACGGGUACGAUUAAAAUUAAAUAUAAAUCCAAGUAAACAAGAACUAUUUUGGUUGAGGAUAUUUUGCUCCCGGGGACAUUCCGGAGUCUCUACAGGGGGAGAAAAAUUAUUCACCCGUUUGUGAGAAGUUCUUUAUCAACCAGUUGGAUAAUUGCUACUGAACUUUUUCUUCAGUAAGUUCAACUGAAGACUUCGAAAGAACAGCAAAAUUUUAUUUACCCUGGCGAUAACGAGCAUUAAUGUUUGCGGGGAUUUCCCAUGUGUCACCGGAUUACUAUAUUCUGGGGAUGGUUGAAAGGGGAUGAAAAGAGAGAGAGAUAGAGAGACUGUAGCGCGUGCUGAACGUAACUAGUCUAGAUGUGCAACAGGUGCACAGGUGCCAGACUAUACCCGGUGCAAGUCAAUGAUGUGUAAGCCUGAGUUUUUGGUAAUUUUGCAAUUCAUUAUUAUCAUCGACGAAAGUAAACUAGAUUCAACGUUAUUACCGAAUUCUCCCCUUGCUCAUUUAUUUAUUAUCCGGAAUAAUCGUGAAUUCAUUAAUUUAUUUGAUCAAUGAGUUUUUCCAGGUCGAGUAAAUGGAGAAUAAUUAAAGCUUAAUGAUGAAUCGGAAUCCAUUGAACAUUUAAUGGUGCCUGGAAAGUUACAAACGAAUUUAUUUGUUCGUGCUAAUGAAUAUUCGUUGACGAAGGCCAUGAACUCAAUUAUCACUGGAAGACGUUGAAAUCAUAGCCCAGCCGAGGAGUCUUAUCACCAAUGUUCGGGAGGAAACAGGUGCUCUCGUGGACUCUCGAAGUGAAUGAAGUGGAGAAUGCCGUGAUAAAUGAGACGACUCGUCAAGAGGACGAGGAUUCACCGACAGCUGCGUCGGAGAGGAGCAGCGCUGUUUCAUGGACUACGCCCCUGUCAACAACAAAGUCAGAGAGUAGUCCAUCAUCGGGGACAUGGAAUACACCGAAAUCUUGUGCUGACGAAACUACACUUGUAGAAUCACCUGGGGGGAAUACUGCCAUAAGUCUUGAUGAUGAUCCUCCGCCGUAUUCCUCGGUGGACCGACAGAGCUUGUGGUCACCCUUGUCACAUAUUCGGGAGCUCUUUUGUGAUGAUCCACAUUUAUCGCACGAUAGGAGCCCAGAAUUGGCAAAUUUGCUGGAGGAUUCCAGUCGUGUUGCCAGUACCCCAAGUACAACCGUAUCCAGAACGUAUCGCACCGAAGGUCCUGGAAAUGUGAGGGAAGAGGAACCCUUUGCUCCAAAAUUUGGAACCAUCUGCAUAGUCACCGUCUUCAUCGGCUUCCUAAUGGUUCUAUCGUUAUUUGCAAAAUUAUUCAUCACCAGUACAAUUGGACUUUGAAUCGUUCUUGUGAAAUGCAGCAAGUGGUACAAAUUUAUCACGAAAAUACUACUUUAUAUUUUUUCCACAAAAAGAAGCAGAAAAAAAUCAUGUUUGUUACGCUUGUUCAUUGAUUGGCAUGAGAUUUACUUUACACGAGAGGUACGAGAGGACUUGAAUUCCGAUGAUGAGGUGAAAAAGAUCUCGGAAGCAAUCCAACCUGGUAGGAUGAGACAACCGGAAAUGAGCCCGACAUCGACGGCAUCAGCUGAAUAAUUCAUAAUUUUUCUUCAUUACUCGACUACUCUCGGCAUAAAGAAUGGGACAGAUGUGAAAGGAUACGAAAGACGGAAGCUAAUAAAAGAUAGAAUCAAGUGGGCUGCUCUACUUGUUUCAACUUCUUAAUUAUUUGUUAAUCGUUUUAUUACCUUAACAGUAGAAAGUUUGGCGUAGGGGUAAAGACUAUGAUUGAAACCCUGACGAGGGUGAUUAAAAAUAAUGAUCAAGCCAACUGAAACUUUUCCGAUUUCUGGUCUCAACUAUACAGCGUUGCCUUGCCAAAGCUGUAAUUAUAAAUGUAUUUACAUUAAUUUUCAUGAUGUGGAAUAUUUAUGAUCUCUGUUUGAAUUUUGUUACGGAAUUGAAUUGAGAAAUUUGAGCGUUGCAAAUGAUUCAACCUAUAGAUGUCAUUUGUAUCAAAAAAAAAUAUAGAAAAUAAAAAUCUUAAAUAUAAA